UAUGGGCUGGUGUAACCAGGAAGUUCCUACCAGUAAAAGGAUCGCUGUCUCUGCAUUUGUCUCCUGACGUCACAGAGUUCAACUACGUCCCAAUUUAUUUCCAUCUCUCUCUCUCAUAUGUGACAAGGACAAGGCACAAAACAUCCUUACGAAGAAGGGCGGCACGGCAGACGAAGCGGGCAGGUUGGCCAGUGCCACCCCUGGCCGACUUUGUUUCCCCAGUGGCGAAGUUAACGACACACCGCGCCAGGUGAUGACCAGGAGGAGGCUAUGAAGAUGGAAGAUGGGAGUGAUGGUGAUAUGAGUUCAGUCGGCGCUGACGUCAAAGAAAACAUGGCCACAACCGGCGGUCUAUUCGGGGGUGUUGCGAAUGGCAACAACCCGCGAAAGCGGCCCCUAGAAGACGGCGGCAACAAUGGCGAGAGAGGCUUCUUGAUGGGUAGGCGUCCCAUCAAGAAGAGGAAGGUGCCGGGCCCGGCCCUACCCAAGAACGCGCUCAUGCACCUCAAUGAGAUCCAGCCGGGCCUGCAGUUCACGCUCGUGUCGCAGACAGGACCUGUGCACGCGCCGUGCUUCAUCAUGGCCGUGGAGGUGAACGGCCAGAAGUACGAGGGCUCCGGCCCCACCAAGAAGAAGGCCAAGCAGCAGGCGGCCGAGAAGGCGAUGCGCUCGUUCGUGCAGUUCCACAACGAGUACGACGCCUGUCUCGCCCGCGGUGGCGUGCGCGUGCCCAUCAUGGCCGCCGACUUCACGUCCGACCUGGGCGAGCUGCCUGACGUGCUCUUUAACGGCUUUGAGCUGCCACCUCCAGAGCCCGAGGCAUUGGCGGCCGCGGCGGCUGCGGCGGCCGCGGCGGCUGCGGCGGCCGCGGCGGCCGCCGCAGCCGCGGCGGUGGCGGCAACGGCCGGCACAAACGGCGGGGGCGGUCACUCCGUGGCUGAUCAGAAGCCCCCACUCGACAGCCCCUUCCCGCAGAACCUGGCGUCGCUUGUGACGGCGAGCGGAAAGAACCCCGUGAUGAUCCUCAACGAGCUGCGGCCGGGCCUCAAGUACGACUACGUGUCGGAGUCGGGCGAGAGCCACGCCAAGAACUUCGUCAUGUCGGUGACGCUGGACGAGCAGACCUUUGAGGGCUCCGGGCGCAACAAGAAGCUGGCCAAGGCACGCGCGGCACAGGCUGCCUUGCAGAACAUCUUCAACGUCCAGCUGGACGUAGCACCGAGCCGCCAGCCCAUCCCCAGCGAGGGCCUACAGCUGCACCUGCCCCAGGUACUGGCAGAUGCGGUGGCUCGAUUGAUCCAGGACAAGUUUGGCGAGCUAACCGACAAUUUCACGUCGCCCAACGCUCGCCGGAAAGUGCUGGCUGGCAUCGUCAUGACUGCAGGCCCGGAUGUGAAGGACGCACGUGUGAUCUCAGUUUCGACGGGCACCAAGUGCAUCAACGGCGAGUACAUGAGUGACCGCGGACUGGCCCUCAACGACUGCCACGCCGAGAUCGUGUCGCGUCGCUGCCUUCUGCGCUUCCUCUACUCGCAACUCGAGAUGCUCGCCGGCGAAGGCGACGCCGAGGACGGCUGCAUUUUCUGCGAGCGGGAGGGAGGCGGCGGAUACCAGCUGAAGCCGCACAUCCAGUUUCACUUGUACAUCAGCACGUCGCCGUGCGGGGACGCACGCAUCUUCUCUCCGCACGAGGCCAGCAUGGAGGUGGAACGCGGCGACAAGCACCCGAACCGGAAAGCGCGGGGACAACUGCGGACGAAGAUCGAGUCCGGGGAGGGCACCAUCCCCGUGCGCUCAUGCAACGCCAUCCAGACGUGGGACGGCGUGCUGCAGGGGGAACGCCUCCUCACCAUGUCCUGCAGCGACAAGAUCGCGAGGUGGAACGUGGUGGGGAUCCAGGGCUCACUGCUCAGCCACUACGUGGAUCCCAUCUACCUGGACAGCAUCAUCCUGGGCAGCUUGUACCACGGCGAGCACCUGUCACGCGCCGUCUGCCAGCGCAUGGCCGACGUGGGGGAGCUUCCCCCGCUAUUUAAGCUCAACCGGCCCCUGCUCAGCGGAAUCAGCAACGCUGAGUCGCGUCAGCCGGGCAAGGCGCCCAGCUUCAGCGUGAACUGGACGGUGGGCGACCACAGCCUGGAGGUGGUCAAUGCCACCACGGGCAAGGACGACACGGGGCGGCCCUCUCGCCUCGCCAAGAACGCCUUCUUCACCCGAUGGGUGCGGCUCUAUGGAAAGCUGAAAAGCCGCGUACCUCUGAAGCCGGAACGCCCCACGCUGUACAGCAUGGCCAAGCUGGAAGUCGGCGAUUAUCAGCUCGCCAAACAGCAGCUUGACCUCAGCUUCCAGGGAGCGGGACUGGGAGCCUGGAUCAAAAAACCCAUUGAGCAAGACCAGUUUACUGUCGCGGUGUGAGUCUGGCUGGUGGCACCUCCAGAAUAAAGUGUAUUGUCGAGGGAACAAAAGCAGAACCGGGGGGGUGGGGGGGGGAAAUGAGGAGCCCUAGGUAGAGGGAGGUGAAGGAUAUGGGGCGGGCAAGAGAAAAAAGAGGGUGUUUAAAUAAUAAUUAAAAAAUUAAGAAAAAAAUCAUUCAAUUUUACAGCAUUGCCACCAAAAUGUUGCAAUGCAGUUUUGUGGCAUCUGUUCAUACAUUUUAUAAGCUGUGUUUGAUUUAAUGUGGUAGAGAUACCCUGCAUAAUUAGUAGGUGUGCAGAGAUGUUGGAAUGAAUGUCGGUGCAUCUUCAUUGGUGUCACUUCAACUUUUCGUUUAGCCCAAUAUGGAAAUACUUUUUCACCUGUGCUCAAUGUAGAUUUUUAAUCGUCACCUUUAAGUUUAGUCAUUUGAACAGCUCCUGCUUUUUUAAAAUGUACCUUUUUGUAAAAAAUAAAAUGUGAGCGUGUGCUUUUUAGUAUCUCCGUUGAACCGCAUUCCUUUACCACGCUACCCUAAUGUCCGUUUCUGCCCCAAAGACUGGCACUAACAAACAAAAUGAUCUUGUCCCGUCAUUUUAAGGUGUGUAAACAGAGCGCACGGGCGUGCAUUAAAUCCCUAUCGCUCACACCUUUUUAACGAGGAAAACCAAGUGGCCGAUGUGCGAAGGAGCGCGCGCUUGUUUGCAAGCAGCGUGGCUCUUGGUCCAUGGCCAGUGGCUUCGUUACAUGGCAGCCGAUUGCUCCUUGGUGCUCCUGUUGGGGUGUUGGUUAGGGUUGCCAUCUCCUAGAUACAAAAAAAAAUCGAGACCUAUCACGGGUAGAAUAAUACCUCACCAUUCCAUAAGAGGGGGAUAAGUUAUUUGACUGCUUUGUUUUUGAGUGGGUAUAUUAUCGUGCAAUGGCAACAACAAAAACUGAAAGUGAUAACUUUUAAUUCCCUCGGGACGACUUACAGAUUUCCCUGAGCAGCAACCUCAACAAGAGGGCAAAACUGGAGGGAAAAAAACAAGGUGGAAUCUCUAGUCUGGGGUACAGCCCACACCCUCACCAGCACCCAUCCACCAACCUGUCUCUCUCCUACGUUGUGCGAGUCCCAAGGCGAGCAACGUAGCCAAAUGUAACCUUUCGUUUUAUCCUGUUUGUUCAGAACUCAAAAGCCAUGAGGAUGAUCAGGGUUUGGGCCCAAUGAAAAGGGCUGGAAGUAGUACCAGUUAUGUGAUAUGUACGUAAGGGAGGAGAUUGAAUUGGAGAGAGGUGGUAUUUAAAUGUCUGAUCUGUUAGCCCUGCUUGCUGCCCACUCGCGCUUGGCUGUGUCCAAUGAGGCUCCAGGAGACAAUCUCAGCUGCUUGAAAUUAAUUUCCAUUCCACAGCAGUUCGUGGUUGGCAUUAGUGGCCACUGGCCCUUCACUUGUCCAUAAAUAGAACUCACCGCCCAAAUUAAAAGUUUUAAUGUUGAUGGCCGAUUGUUUUUUAGUGCGGUGUGCCAACUUGGCAACAAUAGCCCUCCUUUUAUUCGUAAUCACACUGAACCAAUGAAAUUUACCCGCUUUCGAAGUGUUAAACGCAAAAGGUGAAGUGAAACUUAUCUGUACAUGUGUGACAUAGGUAUAUGAAAUUGCACUCUGCCCAUCAUACUGUGGUUUUCUGAGCUCCGAUCUUACUAAGGUACACUACGUUUGUGUAUAUAUUGAAUAUUGGAAGAUUUUAACGUUCCUUAAAUUUUAACUGUGAACAAAUUAACUGGAAAUUUAAAUGUUGACCGCAUUCGUGAAUAUUAAGCGUUCAGAAAACUCUGCAGCACUGCCGGAGAUUAUAAAUAUUGUCCAAAUCAUUAUUUACUCCCCAAAGCGAAUGCUCUGCAAGAUGGAUCUUUUAAGUAUUCCCUUUAUCUUUCGAAAGCAAGGAUGUUUUACACAUGUACAUAUUUGAUGUAUAUUGCUGCAUAAUGAGUCCUUGCUUUACAAAACAUAUGGAAUCUCGUUUUGCUUUGAAAGGGAAUAAAUGCACCUGUGAAAAAGAA